CGUGACGGCCUGAGCGGCUGCGCCCCGGCGCUUCUCCCGGCGACAUGGAGGCGGCGGCGGCAGGCGAGGACGGCGAGGAGCCCCCGCGGGAGGCCCGAGUCCUGGGCUCUGAGCUGGUGGAGACAUACACGGUGUACAUUAUUCAGGUCAGUGUUGGCAAUCAUCAGUGGACAGUCAAACAUCGUUACAGUGAUUUCCAUGACCUGCAUGAAAAGCUUGUUUCAGAGAAGAAAAUAGAUAAAAACCUGUUACCUCCAAAGAAGAUCAUUGGAAAAAAUUCCAAAAGCCUUGUGGAGAAAAGACAAAAGGAACUGGAGAUCUACCUGCAAACUCUGCUGCUCAAGUUCCCUGUUACUGCGCCAAAAGUUUUGUCACACUUCCUACACUUUCAUUUAUAUGAGAUCAAUGGGAUCACUGCUGCAUUGGCUGAAGAGCUCUUUCACAAAGGAGAGCAGCUCUUAAUGGCUGGAGAAGUUUUCACCAUCAGGCCCUUGCAGUUGUACGCUGUCACUCAGCAGCUGCUGCAGGGCAAACCUACCUGUGCUAAUGGAGAUGCCAAAACAGAUCUAGGGCAUAUUCUGGAUUUCACUUGUAGACUCAAGUAUCUAAAGGUCACUGGAACAGGGGGACCUUUUGGAACCAGUAACAUUCAGGAGCAUCUCUUGCCUUUUGAUCUGUCUAUUUUCAAAUCACUUCAUCAAAUAGAGAUCAGUCAUUGUGGGGGAAAGCUUAUCAAAGGGCUGACUUCAUCAAAACAUGCUCUGGCCACACUGAGUGUUCGAUUUUCAGCAACAUCAAUGAAGGAAAUCCUGGUGCCUGAGGCUUCUGAGUUUGAUCAUUGGGAGCCAGAGGACGCACUGGAUUCAAAUUGUCCAGUGACAGCAAUUAUCCCAACUUGGAGAACUUUAACAACUUUGGAUAUGAGUCACAACAGCAUCUCCGAAGUUGAUGACUCAGUGAAAUUAAUUCCAAAGAUUGAGUUCCUGGAUUUGAGUCACAAUGGGGUGUCUCUGGUGGAAAAUUUACAGCAUCUGUACAACCUUGUUCACCUGGACUUAUCCUACAACAAACUUACAUCACUAGAAGGUGUUCACACAAAACUGGGAAACAUCAAAACUCUGAAUUUAGCAGGAAAUCAGCUGGAAAGGCUGUGUGGUCUUAACAAACUGUACUCAUUAGUCAACUUGGAUCUGAGCAACAACAAAAUAGAACAGAUUGAUGAAGUAAAAAAUAUUGGCAACCUGCCAUGCUUAGAGAAGGUGAUGUUAUCCAGCAACCCGCUGAGCAUCAUCCCUGACUACCGGACCAAAGUCCUCGCUCAGUUUGGAGACAGGGCCUCAGAGGUUUGUUUGGAUAACAUUGUUACUACAGAAAAGGAACUAGACACAGUGGAAGUGCUAAAAGCUAUUCAAAAAGCAAAGGAGGUGAAAUACAAACUCAGCAACUCUGAUAAAAAGAUCAGUGAGGACUCCAGGCUCACUGCUGCCAGCUCCAAAUCAAACUGUUCUUCUCUUACUGUUCGUCCUUCCUCUCCCUCUCUGCCUCGUCCUGUCAGCUCCAGCCAAGAAAUAAUUUGUGAAGAAACAGUCCUAGCCAGUAGUUUUUUGCAAUCCAGUGAUUCGACUCCUACAGACCAUACAGUUCCCCAGAGAUGCUUUGAAAUACCAGACUCCAGAUGUAAAAUUCAGGCACCUGCCUCUUUAUUGGCUUCAUGCAAAGAGUAUGGUGGUGGUCAUCAUGUGUGUUUGGAGAGAGAACACUGUGCAGUGCCUGACCCAUGCAACACCAUCAUCUUGCCUUUUAAUUGUAUGUCCUACACUGCCACCAACCAAGACUUUAUCCAGCACCUUUCUGCAUCAAUAGUGCAGGCUGUGCAGAAAUCUGCCCCCUCCCUCACAGAGAAUAAAGGAAGCCCUGUGGGUAAUUCCACAACCACAGACAAAGCAGAUGGAUAUUUUGAAAUGGGACUUCAUGAAGGAGAUCAGACUUUUGAGUUCAGCACUACUUCAGAUGCUCAAUCAUCUGACAACAUACCAAUGGAGAGUGUUGACAUAGUCAAAAUUCUCUGGAGCUUUUCAAUUCACAUUCAUAAAGGACUCAGACAGUUUGCUUCCUGUUUGGUUUUGACCGAUGAGAUGCUAGCUGUGUUUGAGAUUCCUCAUCAGGAAUUGAGAGGAAAUUGCCAGCACAUCCCUUCUGCCUUGAAAUUAACGCUGUGUUUUCCCUACGCUGAUCUGAUAGAACUUGGCUUUCUCCUGCCAGAAAUCUGUUUAACUCUGAAGCUGAAAAACAGUGACCACUGCUUGUUUAUUGUUUCAGACUCCCAGAAUCUUCAAGACUUUUAUUCCUGUUUACAAACCUGUUGCUCUCAACACUACACAUCAGUGUUACCAAGCUCCACAUGGUACUGUAGAAAAGCAAAUCUCCAAGAAUUUCUCUGUCAGCUUAUGGAAUUGAAUUGCAUUUCAGCUGAAGAUGUUGAAAUAAAAGGUUGUUUCCCAACAUAUCUUGUUUAUGGGAAUAACACCAAUGUUCAGAAAGUCUUGCAUCAACCAGAGUCAGCUGGCAAUAACAAGGAAUGGUCAAAGAAUGUUUUGUGUUCUGCACUUUAUUCUUCAGUAUAUAAAUCUUCUGACCAGAGUCCCUGUGUGGUCCAUCCGUGUUGGAUAUUUCUAACACCCCAGCAUUUGUACAUAGUAAAGGUGGAUUUCAGUUUACUGCCAGGUAAAUGGGUAGGCACAGAAGAGUUGGGAAGUGUAUUUAAGCUGAAUAGAAUUCCACUGGCAUCACUCGUGCUGCAUCCAGCUCACGGUGCCACACAGCAGAAGGGUUCAUUUUUGGAUGGACACGUGCUGGAGUUGCUUGUUGGAUACAGAUUGGUUACAGCAGUGUUUGUUCUACCUCAUGAGAAAUUCCACUUUCUAAGAAUCUACAGCCUUCUAAGGACACUGCUCCAGGAUGUUAAGACUAUUGUUAUUUUCAAAGCUUCAAGCAAAUCAGAUGCUGUAAGAAAUCAUGCUGUGGAGGCAAACAGACACAGUCAGGCAGCCAGUUUUUGCAAGCCUCAUCUGACAUUGUCAUCCUUAUACCCAUCUGAGCUUCUUAUGCAGAAGAUAACAGAAGACAACCAGAUUCCUGUUCACCUGCAUGUUUCUGUGUCUCUGCAGUAUGUGGCUGGGCUGAAGGGAAGAGCCCUGGUUGAAUUUUUCCAUAGCAACAUUGCAGAGGUGGAAAAUGAAGAGUUGAGACACCUCAUGUGGUCUUCAGUUCUGUUUUACAAGACUCCCAGUGUGGAAGUGAUGGCUUGUGUGCUUCUCUCAACAAAAGCUAUUUACUUUCUGUUGGAUGAUUCUUUCAUUCAUGCAGAUGAGCACCAGUCAGAUUUUUGGAACAAAGAAAACUCAGACUGUGAAAACAGUUCUUUCCAUCUCUCUUGCUGCUUUGUGCUAAAACUUAAUGACCUGCAGUCAGUCAAUGUUGGCCUGUUUGACCAAUACUUCCGAAUUACUGGGCACUCUGCAGAUCACAUUGUCACCUGCCUGACAAGAGACAGUUACAACACUCACACCUUCAUACAGCAGCUUAUGGCAGUCCUGUCACUGCUUGCACGCACUCCUUCACCUGAACCAGUGGAUAAGGACUUCUACUCUGAAUUUGGGAGUAAAAACACAGGAAAAAUGGAGAAUUAUGAACUGAUUCACUCUAGCAGAGUAAAAUUUAUUUAUCCAAAUGAAGAGGAAAUUGGGGACCUUGCUUUUCUAGUGGCAGAGAAGAUGGAUGGUUUGACCAAUCUUCCAUCCCUCAACAUCCUUCUGUAUGUGUUGGCAUUUCAAGUAAAUCACUUCGAAGGAUCUGCUCAGAACACUAGUUCACUUCAACCUAAAACACUGAUAUUGACCAGCUCUGAUUUGUUCCUCUUUGAUGAAGAUUAUAUCAGUUACCCACUACCUGAAUUUGCUAAGGAGCCGCCAAAGAGAGACAAGUAUCAGCUUGCAGAUGGAAGACGAAUCCGGGAUUUAGAUAGAGUACUCAUGGGGUAUCAGACAUAUCCACAGGCCCUUACCUUUGUGUUUGAUGAUGUUCAGAAUCAGGACCUGAUGCAGAAUUUAACACUGGAUCACUUUGGAGAAACUGAUAGUGUCCCAAAAGGAAAUUCCAAACAGGAGGGCAGCAGGAGCAGAGAGAUCCAGUGGUACAUUUUUAUCCCAAGUGCAGAAAGCAGGGAGAAAUUAAUUUCAUUGCUUGCAAGACAGUGGGAGAUCCUGUGUGGUAGGGAAUUGCCUUUGGAACUCACUGGGUAGUUACUGCACAGCCAAGUGACUUCAGUGUGUAUUACAAGGUAAAGCACAGUGGGUAAGUAGAUAGCACCUGUCAAGUUCUCUUUGUUUUGAUGAGGAGCUGACCUGGACUCCUUUGCUCCCUGGUGCAGUGAACGUGGAAUAGAAAUACAUAGAAAUAUUCUGAAGUGUUAACUGGGGACUGACCUUCUUGUACAGGCUAUUUUUAUGCAAUAGUAUAUAGUGAAAAAAAACCACAUCCUGGGAAACUGUAUGGAACAUUUAAGGAGUCAACACUAGAUAUUCUGUCGUCUGGGGCUGUUAAGGUUUCCACUAUUUUUCUGUAUAUAUCAGUCUUGCUGUUCUAUACAAAUUCUCAUGUGUAAAUAAGGGUAAAUGCUUGUGUAUGUUCAAGUGCAAUGUUCUUUGUACAAGAAGUAUUUUGGGUAUGCUGCUAAUGCUUAUUAUUUAAUGAUCUUACAGUUUUACAUAUGUUUUUCUUUGAGGCCAAGUGUAAUUAUUUGCUGCCAAUCAUUAACUUAACAGUAAACUUUGAGCCACAAGCAGGUAACAAAUUUUCAUAUGAAACUAUUUUCACAGGCAUUUAUUUUCCUUAUCCAAGGAUAAAAGAAUUGCUUGGUAAAGAUCCCCUCAGUAUUGUCUUGAAAGUGGAAAUACCCAGUGUGGGUAUAUCAGCAUUUUGUCAGCAAAUAAUGGAUUUGUAUCUCUGAACACAAAGUCUUUCUUUUGCCUAUCUUGUCAAUACAAAUAAAGUGUAAUUUGACAGUU